CGCAAAACUGCAAGUAAACAGCUAACCUCUUGCGGCGCCCGAACAGUUUGUAGUGUUAUUGGCAAAGGAAUAGUUAGAUAAGGCCACUCCAGCGAUGUCGAUUCUGGCGUACAACGGUGGUUGCGUGGUGGCGAUGAAGGGCAAGAACUGUGUGGCCGUCGCGACGGAUCAUCGCUUUGGCGUGCAGGCACAAACGAUUGCGACAGACUUCGACAAAGUGUUUGAAAUCAACCCACACAUGUAUCUCGGGCUGGUCGGGCUGCAGACGGACAUCCUGACCGUGUACCAGCGGCUACUGUUCCGGAAGAAUCUGUACGAGGUGCGCGAGAACCGACAGAUGACCCCGGAGCGGUUCUCGGCGAUGCUCUCCAACUUUCUGUACGAGAAGCGCUUCGGACCGUACUUCAUCGAGCCGGUGAUCGCCGGCCUGGACCCGAAAACCUACGAACCGUUCAUCUGCAACAUGGACCUGAUCGGGUGUCCCAACUUGCCGAACGAUUUCGUUGUGGUCGGUACCUGCGCGGAACAGCUGUACGGUAUGUGCGAGACGCUCUGGAAGCCGGAUCUGGAGCCGAACAAUCUGUUCGAGGUCAUCUCGCAGUCCCUGGUGAACGCGUUCGACCGUGACGCCAUCUCCGGUUGGGGUGCGACCGUGUACAUCAUCGAGAAGGAAAAGAUCACGGUGAAGAAGCUGAAAACGCGCAUGGAUUAA